UCGAGCAGCCACAACAGGUCUUAUAUAACACAUACAUCAAUCGUCCGACAUUUCUUGAUCCCAAAGUAGCGGCGAUGGAGAAGGGAACGAUUCGCUUGUUGCUUUUUUUUCUCUUUUACGUGUUCUACUUGUGCAUGGGUUCGUUAAUAUUCACUACUUUAGAAGCGCCAGUCGAAGAGCAAGAAAUAAAUAAAUUAAGGCAACUUAGGGAACGCUUUCUAAACAAGAACCGAUGCGUGAAUGACGAAGAUUUAUUGAACUACGUAAUGAACAUACUCAAGGCUACAAAACAUGGCGUAAAACCUGUUCGCAAUUUGACUGAUGUAUUAAGUUGGAAUUAUGCAAGCGCUUUUCUGUAUUCGGGCACAUUAGUUACGACAAUUGGAUAUGGUGACAUUGCGCCAUUGUCGGAUAAUGGUAAAAUCUUUACCAUUAUAUUUGCUCUGUUUGGCAUACCAAUGACAGCUGUUUUGCUUACUGCAAUUGUUGAGAGAAUGUUGGCUGCCUUUGAUCUCAUAGAGACCUGGAUGUCAAAGCAUUUCUUUACUCAACCCAAUUUCCCCAAGACUGUUGCACGCGCGGUCAACGUUGCCAUUCUAGUGAUGAUCAUUGUCUCAAUGAUAGCUCUACUUCCUGCGCUGUUUUUCAUGCUCACAGAGGACUGGGGCUAUUUUGAGUCACUCUAUUUCUGUUUUAUAACGCUAACAACAGUCGGUUUGGGUGAUUACACACCUGGUGACGGCAACAGAUGGCGUGGAAGUCGAUACAGAGAUGUCUAUAAAAUCCUGUGUGUCGUUUAUUUUCUCAUUGGUCUGUCGUUUAUCGUGUUGAUACUGGAAAUGUGUGCAAGAGUACCAGAAGAUCACCCGGGAAUGUUGUUCAGCUGCCAUAAACCAAUGUUAGGAGGCGAAGAGGAAAAUGAAUUGAAAUUGUUGCGAAGGUCAAAGAACCCCGAAAUGUAUGGCACAAAUGAAGACGAUCGAAGAAACUCAAGUCAGUAUCAAUUACUUGACACUGAAGACGUUAAGGAGAAAUCUUAACAUUGUUAAAAGUGUAUAAAUGCUUUAAAGAUUUUAAGAAUUAUAAAAUGUAAAGCCUUUUUUUCAUGUGUCACCGCCGAUUUUUGGUGGAAGUUGUUAAACAUGCUAAAACACGACAAAUGUAACGCUCCAGUACAUUGUGCUGUUGUCAGACGAAGAAUUUUGUUUGAAAGAAAAGACUUACUGUUUUACUGGCGGUAAUCGUCGCCCACACAUGAAAAACAGGCUUUUUAAGAGAUAUUCUAUGAAAUUAUAUUAACAUAAUUCUCAGAAUCAAUGUUCAACCUAACA